GAUACAGCAAAGGCGAAGUCAAGCUGGAAGUUACUGCUCAUUAUUAGCCCAGAACCAGGAGUUCUAGACGGAUUACGGCGAUCCCGUUCUUCGCAACAUCAUCACGCAAUUUGUCUAGAUUUUCGCUUUGAUUUCCGAAGCAAUAACUAAUUACGUCGUCUUGGAUAUAGGGCCUUCUUGGCGCGUACACCUUCACAUAACCAAGCGAACCGUUAAGAUGAGCAUUUGCUUUAUAUCCCAUUUCAAAUACACUGAUAAUUGGUUCAAAAUAUUCAAAAUGGAGAUCACGUGAUCCAGAGGUGCAGUACGGCUGCGUCACGAGAUGAACUGUGUAUAGUGUGAAUGAUGCAAACUCGCUGGAUUUCAAAACUAAUAUCAACAAUCGUGCGACAGUUUCGUGGAUAGGAUACUGGCGAUCUUGAUAGCAGAGGAUUUUACUGCAACCUGCUUUGCAUGCGUUUUCUGGGACUAACCACCGCCUUGGAAGUGCUAAAGAUGACCUGCCGAUGGAUACAUCUUGUGGUUAUGGUGACGGUGUUGGUAUAUGAAAAAUCCUGCGCAAGGAGACUGUCUAGUCGGGACAAUAAGUUCGUAUUCAAUAGAGAUCCCAAUGCCUUCUUUUACGACACCAGCGUGCUUCCUGAUGGAACAGAUGUAACAGCGUAUAUUUUCAUAGAUGAGCCAAAAAGAUACUUCUUUCUUGUUGAACAAGAGAAUGUGCCGAUUGCCAUCACCAUAACACCGUGCGCAUCACCCAUAUCCGUCACGAUACAAAUACGAGAUUUACUUGUUGGAGAGGACAGUGAUAGCCUGGGAGGGGAGCAUCUUUUUCCUCAACAGCAGCAAGAUCCCACUGCAUCCAAUGCAACAUUCCUGCAGUCAUUCUCUGGGUUUGAGCCAAUGACCUACAGAACGGAAAACAGUCCCUCUGGCAUAUACAUGAUAGACGUUGUUACCAACGAUACCAGUAGUUCUGUGAAAAUAUUGGCGUCAACGGAUCCAGCAGCCGAGAGAUUUUUCCCUGAAUUACCCCCUGAUCCGAAUAUCGUUGUGUCGUCAUCAGCACGUAGAAAACUCGUUGUAGAGUGGGAUCCGAGUCCGACGUAUACGCGGGAUAAUCAACAGAUUGAAUAUUGUUUAUCAUUUAAUACGGAUCGAAAUUACAAAAGCCUGUGUGAGGCACGUGUUAGUGCAUUUGGUGAUGUUCCCCCUACAGUACCUCCAGAUUCCGGAUUUGGUUUCGCUUUUGAAAAGAAACGACGUCGACGGAUUAAACAAGCGAGAAAAAAUGCUUUAAAAACAAACGAAGGAGUAUUUUUCACGUGCAUUGGGUCGAAAACCAGAUAUUCUUUCAAUAAGGUGGCGCCUGGGUGGUUAUACUUCGUGGACGUUUUCGCUGUCGACCCACGAAACAAUCAGAGUGUAGCCUAUCAGGGCCAGGUUGCUCGGACUAAGUACAGGCAAAAAUAUGUGAAUUUGAAAGACGCAAAAGUGGUUGAAAAGUUUAUCAAACGACGGUCUGGCCCGAAAGGGUUUAAGUAUGUUCUCCGUGGAGAUGCCGAACAAUUAGUGUUACAACUGGAGGCGUGCACGGGGGCGUAUUUUGUGGAAGUGAAGUACCAUGACAAGGUGUUGAAAGAGGCACAGUUUACGAGCCUGCUAACAUUAGACAUAAGGAAUGCAAAAGCAGGUGUGUACUUCAUUAAGGUGUCUCGGAAGAAACUCAAAGUUGCUUCCUUUCGUAUUUUCGCUACUGUUGACAGGUCAAAAACUUUGUAUCCUAUGCUUCCGAACGAUACAAGCAUACGAGUUUUCGAAAAUUUAAGUACGUGUCAUUCUGUUACAGUGGCGUGGCUGGGCACGACUGAGAGGUCACGAUACUGUUUAUACAAACGACCGGUGAAUACUAGGCAUUUAAAACGGCAACACACGCCGAUGACAAACCAGUGCACGGGCCCAGGCGGGCGGAAGAAAAGUGAAAAGAUUGUUUGUAAGAGGUUCCGCGCUCGGAACAGGAACCGAGCAGUUAUGACUGAGGUUGUCGAUGGACUUGCAGAAGAUACGACGUACGUGUUCGACGUUUACGUGACAAAGCGGAGAGGGCAUACGUUAUCAUACAAAGCGGUGCGCACAAAAACGCGAAGUAAGUGUUCGUAAUCGUAUACGAUGGUUGAUGUGGUACAAUGAACUUUCAUCACCCGUGGUAGAACACUUUCUACUUCGCGGGGAAGGAAAUUUCGAUGGGGUAUAGAAAUGGCCGUCAUGGACACCGCGAAACGGAAAGCUCGUGUGCUGCCUAAUGGCAGUCGCUAUGUCAUCGUCCCGCUCUAAACCUCUCUGACUUAUGAGGAUGAGGUUAGGGGCGAGUUUUCUCAUGGCAUUGAAAAUAGACAUGGCGAGUAAUAAAGCUGGUGUUGUCGGUACGCACUUGGAUUCAUUCCGUGCUUGCCGUGCCAAAUGUAAAUGUGAUUCCAUCGCUCAGUAAGAUAGUUUCGUAUGCUGAUGGAUGGCUCAUAGUCUUACAAAGCCAAGAUUAUCAAAUGGUCAAUGACUUUGCACCCUAUUGGUAUUCUGUUGGCAAUGAUCACAUCAGUUAUAUCUGAGGCGAUCAUUGACGGGCGUCGCCUAGGUGUCUGUCCGAGACUGAUCACCGAUAUUGCAGUCAGAAUUCGACAAGAAAUUGACGUGCAUAAUCUGAACGAUCAUUGGAUGUAUUAAUGGCAUUUACGAGACGAUUGGUACUUGUGGAACAUAUCACGGCACGAAAGGAAAUGGCUUGGGCUAAGGUACUAAAUAACGCAAGUGCGUCACUUUGCUGCGCAUCCUCAUGUCAGACGUAUUACUGACGGUGCGCAUCAUGACGAUUGGCCACCAUAACUCUGACAUAUUCCUAGCUCUAAGCGAGAUAUUUAAGUUGAGAUCUCUGACGUGGGAUUUCUGCUUUGAUGCGAUGAAGGGAUUCAUGGUGUAUGCCUGCCAAUGAACACGAUAUACGGCGAUCGGAACACAGUAAACGAUAUCUGAUGGCAUAUACGCCGUGUUACUAGCACUAAACAAUGCAUUUGGUGCUAAGGUGAUCCACGCACAUGACGUCGAACUUUGAGCAGAGAGCUCUAGUUUCCAAGCCCAGACAUUUCUUCGGAAACAGUGAAGGGGUUUGUCCAACUGUGAUGAUGAAUUAUUGUAAAUAUAUAUUUCUUUAUUUAUUCUUACGGAUGCCACGGUUUGGUACAUGUAGAUAUAAUACAGGCUGUCGAAGAAUUAUUAUCUGAUCAACUUUUUCAUGAAAGCGAUAGCAGGAGAUGUCCACGGCGACGGUGAAUGAAAUACGCGCCUACAGGGCAGUCCUUCGCCAAUGAGGUUUAGCCAUGAAAACGCAAAACUGGUUAAUCGAAAUAUGAAUAUUUUUCUUCGGAUGGUCUGUAGAUGUUAGUUGCGAAGGUGGCUGAGUGCCGAUCAGUAUUCUGGUUGUGAUAAAUUUGUAUAUAUUGAACUAUAUGUAUACUCUUCUUUUACCAGAAAGAUAAUUUAUGUUUGAUAGCGUAGUAAGCACUACAUUUGUAGAUGUAACGAUGUGGUGGGUGAGAAAUAUUAAAAGAGGGGUAAAAUACACAUAGAAGUACUGAAUGUAUAUACUAGUAUACUCUAUCCGCUGACUUAAAGAGGGUGGAUUCGCAUUCAUGAAGUCCGGUCGUUAUCUCUCAUGACAAAAGUAUGAAUUCAUGGUUAAACUGUUUAUCUUUUAACAUUUGUGAUGGGUAAACUUGCUUUUAUCGGAUUCAAAGUAUGGCUCCCAAGACGGUAGAAAAGACCGGACUUCAUCAUGUGAAACUGGCCUGGGAUCUAAGUUUUGCGGAUAGUAUUGUCAUAACGUCCACGCUUAAACAGGUUGUCCUGAAAGUGUAGAAUAGACUUCAUAGUCCAUUGAGAGCCACCUAAUCUCGAUAGCAGGGCACUGAUGAAAACCCUGAACUCCCCGUAAUUAAAUCGCAAUUUUAUGGGUUGUCGCAUUGGUCCAUGGAUAAAUGUUGUGCAUGUAGUAUUUUUGCCUCCAUUUCGGUGGCAUCAUUAUGAAAUACGCCUUAGUAUCCGUGGGAAUCCCGUAUCGAGAUAAGGUGAAGACAUUGGACUAAAUGGUGUUCAGUGUUGUUCACCUUGGCAUUGUGUGCAUGUAGAGCAAUAUUACUGUCGAAAUAGACACAUUGUUAUAUGUCAGUCGCGCCAACCAAGAUGGUUGCCAGCCCUGGUAACGAUGAAAAUCCACGGAUGAGACUAUUUGAACGCAUUUUUAUUCUUCUCCAAAAUGCACCUUUAAAUUAGGGAAGGAAUUGGAAUUACAGAGGUAGCUUUACGAUAGUAGUUACUACAUUGUACAUGACGUGUCUGGGUAUGCAGAAUCACCUCAAAAACUGUGAACAUUUGUGUUGAAAAGGGAUUUUAGAUUUGCUUUGUGUAUGAUGGGUCAGAUGAGUUGCGCAGCAUGGUUUGAUACCAAAGGGAAAACCAUGGUGGAUCCCAUGUUGAAAUUAUUCGGUUCUCAGACUGUUGUAUAUAAUCAUUAAACAUCGGAUACCAAGUAUGAGACAUACGUUUACAUGUACAUGUACUGUACUUCGAAAUCAACUCAUCAAAGUUUCUACACGUAUACUGGUGUAGCAGUUGUAUUUGCCCCCCUGGAAAAGUGUCAUUCGUUCACGUCACCGACAACUGACGAACAGAAGCUGAAUUACGUACUCUCUCCGUUGUCCUAUUGAGGUGGCUGUUGGUACUCGUAUUGAUCAUAUGGUUUCCUCACUAACCAGAGCAUAUAUGUGAUUAACAAUCCACCCACCACUGCGACUUCUUAAAUCUAUGAGCGAUUCAUCAAGAUUAACGAAGUUCACAAUUGGUAGUAUUUCAUCACUAGGUGAGACCGUUUAAUCUAGUUUGAUGUAGAAAUGUCGAGAGUUGUCGUGGCGAAUCCACCAUGUAAGCCUGACAGACUGUUGUGCAUGUGCCGUAUGUCUUGUGAACAAACUGACGCAAUAGGAAGUCAAGGGCUUUACCAGUUCAUCAUCAGUGACAGAACAACCCACCCUGUUUUGUGCUCAUGGUUUUUAGCGAAGGGGUGAAUUUUAAUUUCAAUUCUAGAGUUUAUGGCAAUUAGGUUGCUUUUGAUGGGUAUUGUGUCGGGAAAAACUGCGCCGAAGCGAUCGACCACACAAAUAUCACGAGAUCUCGCAGGGAGGCACGUGAUUUUACCAGGCUGGUUUCAGCAGUGGUUGUACGAAGGGACCGUCGAGUAUGAAGAAGCUCGCUAAGCUUUCAGUCGAAAACUUUGACUACAACGAAGAAUAUUUAACGUAAAUGUUACGUUCCAAGAAGUCUGCGUAGGAAUUUCAACUAGAUAUAAACAGGAAACGUACUGUUCAUUAUAUAACUGCCGAUUUCACAAACUUUUUGAACGAAGUACUUUUGUUUUUAAAUAUAGUAUGUUUUCCAAGAAGCUUGUCUGGUCUUGUCUCAUCUCAUUAGGUUUAAUAAUGAGCGUGGUAUAUGACUAAAGGUAGGCAACCUUAUGAUAUUCACUGGCAGAGUGUGUGUCGGGGUUGAACCCAUAGAAUAAUGGCCAAUCCUUCAUUCGGAAAAUUGCCGGGUGUACAAUUUUUGAUGGGACGGAAACAAGAUUCCGAACAUACCUACGUUCUUCAUCAAGAUGUACAUUAAUUCUUCCUUUGAAAUGCAUUUUAAUAGUGCUCGGGCUCCUUUGAUUGGAGAUCUUGCCCAGUAGUCUUGCCCUGUUUCAUAAGACCUUGUCGUAAAAGCUUUACUCCGGAAUCUCUCAUCAGUUUUCUGUGUGAACACUUACAUUUUUCCAUUUUCAAAUCUGAUAAACGAGUCCCAUUUAUCCACAAACAUCAAGUAUGGAUUAAAGAAACAUGUACAUUUUCAGGCCCUCAGACUAUCCUCUCAAAAUAAUUGACAGGGAUGCAUAACAAGGCCAGUUUAUAGCGAUUUUAUUUCUGAUUUGUCAAGGGUUACCUUUUGGCAUGCUUUGAGAGUGGAGCAGGGGCCUUUGUAAAUAGCGUAGGCAUGUCAAAUACGAAGGGGUCAUCUUUGGUCCGGUCACAAGUCGGCAGGUGCAACAUGUUUUAUCAGAAUGUUCCUUUUCCUGAUUUCCGAAUAAAAGUUCAUCCCCUUUUGUCCAAAUCAAGCGUAAGGGUGUCGUUAUGUUGACAAAUCAUUUCCUGUUUCUCAUGGUUUGGUAAUCGGAGAAAUAGGGGAGUCGCCAUGCACGACAAAUAGAUGGGGUCUUGGUAUUUGGUAUUGGUUUCUCUUACGUUAUUAAUGCUCAUGCACAAGAUGAAUCGAUAUCUUGGAA